AUGCUGUUCAAUACACUCAUUCCGGCGUUGUCCUUCACGAUCGUUCUCGGUCUUACGGCGACUGGCUCAACGCAGAUGUACGUUGAUGUCAUUACCGGCACUUUAAACUCCGAACCUGGUUUCGAGCCAUCAGUCACAGCCACAGCGGUCCGUGGAGGUGAUUGGAUUUCUACAGACCCACCAACUCCAAACUCGAAUGCUACAGUGCUGAGACUAGGUGUCGAUGUGCUCGUCAAAGUUGAUGGGGAUGUGGAAGAAGAUGAGUAUAUCCGGAUGCGAUGUACGGGAGCAGAACUUGCAACGCCAGAAGUCGCUGCUAUCGUAGGCGGUGACCGCAAUGUCCCACCCGUCAAGUUUGGCGACUUUCAGGCAACGUCUUCUUGGACUUUCGAGACAGCGAGUAAGAAGUACUGGGAUUUACAGAAUGCAGUCUUCGUGGGCAGCACUAGUGUACGUGCUGGAGAAGACGAGGGUACAUUCGUUGUGGGCUUCAAGAUUGCCAAGGUGGUGAGUGCGAAGACCGAUGUCAGUGUCUGA